AACCCAGGUACUACUCCUACCAGGAAACUAGUCACUUAGGAGCACCUGGAAUUGGGUCCAAGGCGAUGUCAUCAAAGUCCACCCCACUACCUCUAAGCCGAGACUCCGUAGUCGCUGCGCACAAAGUAGUGGAAGGGCAGAUUCACCGGACACCGGUCCUGACGUCGUCCUCGCUGUCCGCCUUGCUGCCGAGUAAGAACACCUUGUACUUCAAGGCCGAGAACCUCCAGAAGGGUGGUGCUUUCAAGUUCCGCGGCGCCAGCUACAACUUGUCAUGCCUGGCGCCAGAAGAGCUCGCGAAAGGUGUUUGUACGCACAGUUCAGGCAACCACGCCGGAGCGUUAGCUCUCGCCGCAAAGUUGCGAGGCGUCCCUUGCUAUGUAGUGAUGCCGAAUAACUCCGCGCAGCCCAAGAUCGACGCCGUGCGCGCAUACGGCGCUACUAUCACGUUCUGCGAGCCCAACGCGCCCGCGCGCGCCGCCACGCUCGCAUCGGUCCAGGCGCAAACCGGGGCGACGUUCAUUCCCCCAUACGAUGCGGUCAACACGAUUCUGGGCCAAGGGACCGCGCUCUUGGAGCUCAUCGAUCAGGCCCCAGAACCGCUCGCAGCUGUGAUUGCUCCAGUGGGCGGAGGGGGCCUUCUCGCGGGUACGGCGCUAGCUGCGGACGGCACUGGAAUUCGAGUCUUUGGCGCGGAGCCGGUGGGCGCGGACGAUUGUGCGAGAGGACUGGAGGAGGGGAAGAGGAGAGAGAACGUGGACGCACAGACCAUCGCGGAUGGACUGAGGACGCCCGUCGGGGUCCUGAAUUUCCCUAUCAUCCAAGAGAAGGUCGAGAAGGUCAUCACUGUCACGGACGAGGAAAUCAUUGAGGCCAUGCGACUCAUGUGGGAACGCUUAAAGAUUGUAGUCGAGCCCAGUGGGGCGGCGUCGUUCGCUGCGAUCCGGAGUCCGAAGUUUCAGGAGUUGGGCAUCGAGGGCCCUGUCGGGAUCAUUAUCAGCGGCGGAAACACUGACCUGUCCAAGCCCUUGCCAUGGGUGCGAGCAGAUCAUUGACUGCCACGCACACAGCCGUCUCCAACCAUGCUGUUCUACCAAUGCCGCUUUCGCCGAGAACGACGUCACAGUGCUUCCCUUCGGGAUGUCAAGUAGUUUGUCGGCCUGCGCUUGUCCUUUUGGCACACUGCGUCUCUGCGAACCUGACGUUGAUGCUGAGGUACAUGUCACUUCCCGGCUAUGUUGAAAAUUAGCCGGGCACAUGCACACAACUGGAAAGCCGGACACGACGCAGCAUACGCACAAUGCCUCGAGCAGGGUCUAUGGCUUGUCUAGCCCCGGUGUCUGUGAAAAUAUCAGCGACGUGUAGUUAGCGUCAAGGACAAAAUAUCCUAUUCCUCGCUGUUGUCAA